UUUACGUUCCGUAAAUGACGUCACGUCGAUAAGGUUAGAGAAACCGUUUCAAAACCUAAACAGCAGAGAAGUUGAAAAAUAUCCCAUCAUUACUGAAACACGUUCUGUCUCACUUGCAGACUGGAGCACCGGUGCGAGAGCGGGACCUUCGGUUUGAGCUGUAUCGCUCAGAUUUAAGAACGAAGCAAGCUACCCGGGCUGCUAAGCGAAGCUAACGCUAAUAUUUGAAAGCUAGGUAUUUGAAAACGAAAACAAUACAACUUCAAGACAGUGCCCAGUUUCUUUAAGGAUGGAGAGCAAAUACAACCUUAAGAGUCCAGCGGUGAAGAGGCUGAUGAAGGAGGCUGCUGAACUGAGGGAUCCCACAGAGCACUAUCAUGCCCAACCACUAGAAGACAAUCUCUUUGAGUGGCACUUUUCUGUUCGUGGUCCUCCAGACUCUGAUUUUGAUGGUGGGGUUUACCACGGCAGGAUCAUACUUCCCCCAGAAUACCCCAUGAAACCUCCCAGCAUCAUCCUACUCACACCAAAUGGGAGAUUUGAAGUUGGGAAGAAGAUUUGUCUGAGCAUCUCUGGCCACCAUCCUGAAACCUGGCAGCCCUCUUGGAGUAUUCGCACUGCCCUCAUAGCUAUAAUUGGAUUCAUGCCAACAAAAGGAGAGGGUGCCAUUGGAUCUCUCGAUUAUACUCCUGAAGAGAGAAGAGCCCUUGCCAAAAAGUCCCAGGACUUCUGCUGUGAGACCUGUGGCUGUACCAUGCGCUCUGCCCUCCUGGAUCUAACCCCCAAUAGCAACCCUGGUGCUGAAGACCAUACGGCUAAAGAACUGGCUCAGCAAAUCAACUUUAAGGCAGAGUCCAGUUUAUCCAGAGAAUCUAGUGAGAAUGAAGGAGGAGAAAGUGAACCUUCAACCCACACCCAGGGACCCUCCUCUGCAAGCCAAGAAGCUGAAAAAGACCAGGCCGAACAGCGCUUCAUGUUGAUGCUGAGGACUGCAAGGCCACAUCUCAGAAGAUGGGCUACUCUCAACAGGUUCAGCUGGAGUUGAGACUUGGACAGGGUGGCUUGUUCUAUAGGGUUUAAUGUGGUC